AUGUCGAACCUUCCCAUCAUUAACCCAUUUCAUUGGGGAUCUCGUGGAACUCUUAAACAUACGAGUGCUCCCUCUGGAACCACCAAAUUGACUUUAAACCAUGACAAGACCAAGAUAGAUUUCCAACAUUUUGUCUCCCAGUAUGUUCCUGCACUAAAGGAUGGUUCUAAGUUCAAAUUGAACAACUUCCUUUUCACAGGUAUUUUACAAACGAUGUAUUUGAGCGGUGCCGACUAUACGAAAUGGUUUCCAGUAUUUUACGGUAGAGAAAUCUUGGAGUUAUCUGAUGGUGGUGUUUGUACUGUUGACAAUGUGAUGGUUUCUUGGGAGGAGAAGUACCAACUGCGUCAAAAUUCUGGCUCUUUCAACAAAUUGGAAUUCGAGAAGGAUGAGAAGGAUACCCAUCCACAGAAUUGGCCUCGUUUACAAGCACGUACUAGGUAUCUGACCGCAAAGGAGCUAGCUGAGGUCCAUGGUGACCAAAGACCUUUGGUUGUUGUGCUCCACGGUUUGGCAGGUGGAUCUCACGAAACAAUCAUUAGAUCUUUAACCUCGAAACUGUCCAAGAUUGAUGGUGGGAAAUUCCAAGUAGCAGUGUUAAACUGUCGUGGAUGUGCUCGUUCUAAGAUUACGAAUAAGAAGUUAUUUUCUGCAUUCCAAACAGGAGAUCUGAAGGAAUAUCUUGCAAGAGAAAAAUCUAGAAACCCAAAUAGAAAGAUUUAUGCGGUCGGAUUUUCAUUUGGUGCUUCUCUCUUGGCUAACUACUUAGGUGAAACUGGUUCUGAAUCUAACCUUACCGCCGCUGUAACCUUAUGUUGCCCAUGGGAUUUCUUAUUAUGCGCUGAAAAGAUGAAGAAAGACUACUGGUCAAAAAAUUUAUUCUCUAAGGCAAUUACCCAAUUUUUGGUCAGACUUGUGAAAGUGAAUAUGGGUGAAUUAGAAUCGCCUGAAGGUUCUAAGCCCGAAUUCCAGCCAGAUAUCGAAAACCCUUGUCUGUACAUGUGCACUAAGUCCAACUUAGAAAGAGCCAAAUCUUUUACUCAGAUGUUAGAAUUCGAUGGUACUUUCACUGCACCUUCUAUGGGAUUCUCCAGUGCAGAGGAAUACUACAGAGCAGGCUCUGCCAUCAACAAUUUACACAAGGUACAAGUUCCCACCUUAAUCAUUAACUCUACAGAUGACCCUAUCAUCGAUGCCAGCUCAAUUCCCUACUCUCAAGUCAAGAUGAACCCCAAUUUGUUACUCUUGGCAACUGAUCUAGGUGGUCACCUGGCAUAUUUGGAUGAAACUUGGGAUUCUUGGAUGAAUACCCAUAUUGCCUCUUUCUUCAGCACCUUUGAUGAAUUCCUCGUUUAA